UACACUGCACGUCUCCACUUCACAUUGUCCCCUCCAUCUGCACGCUCACACCUUUCCCUGAUGAGUUACGCUGUAGACCCUAUAGGGAGCCCCUUCCGGAGAGGAAUGGACACCCGGACUAGUUACAGCCGCACCAGCGGUACCCCUUCCAGCGGUUUUCGCUCUCAGACUUGGUCCCGAACGAGCCCUGGCUCUUCUCUUUCCGCCGGCUACAAGAGGACCGUCAACGUACCCGUUGCAAGGGCAUAUAGCUCUACAGUGCUGAGCUCCGCCGACAGUGUUGACUUCAGCCAGUCCUCCGUUCUAAAUGGAGACUACAAGCGCUCUAACGAGAAAGAGCAACUCCAGGGUCUCAAUGAUCGUUUCGCCGGAUACAUUGACAAGGUACACUUUCUGGAGCAACAGAACAAGCAGAUCGAGGCGGAGAUCCAGGCACUGCGGCAGAAGCAGGUGUCGCAGUCUCAAUUGGGCGAACUUUACGACCAAGAACUACAGGAGCUUCGCUCUAUGCUGGAGCAGAUCAACCACGAGAAAUCCCAGAUCCAGCUAGAUACGGAUCACAUCGAGGAAGACAUCCAACGACUUAGGGACCGCUUCGAUGAGGAAGCUCGAAUCAGAGAAGAAACAGAAGCUAUAAUCCGUGCUCUGAAGAAGGACAUGGCUGAUUCAACACUGGUUAAGGCAGAGUUGGAGAAAAAAGUUCAGUCCCUUCAGGAUGAAAUUGCCUUCAUCCGAAACAACCACGAAGAGGAAGUGAACGAUCUGCUAGCUCAGGUGCAGGCAUCCCAGGUCACCGUAGAGAGAAGGGAUUACCAGAAGACCAACAUCACUGAAGCACUCCGAGAGAUUCGCUCACAACUUGAGGGUCACUCCACCCAAAAUCUUCAACAAGUCGAAGACUGGUUCAUGUGUCGGUAUGCUAAACUGACAGAGGCUGCAGAGCAAAAUAAAGAUGCCAUUAAAUCAGCUAGAGAUGAGAUUUCAGACUACCGCCGACAGCUGCAGUCUAAAACCAUUGAAUUAGAAUCUGUCCGAGGCACCAAAGAAUCGCUGGAAAGACAGCUGAGCGACAUAGAGGAUCGUCACAGCAGCGACCUUGCCAGCCUCCAGGAGACCAUCCAUCAGCUGGAAAACGAACUUAAGAGUACAAAAUGGGAGAUGGCGCGAUACCUUCGUGAGUACCAAGACCUCCUAAAUGUCAAGAUGGCACUGGAUAUAGAGAUUGCAGCAUACAGGAAACUUCUUGAAGGAGAGGAGACCCACUUUAGCACUUUCCCUUACCGCCAGCCUGUCACUAAAGGCCCCAAAGUUAAAAUUGAACCCACCAAGCUGAAAGUGCAGCACAAAUUUGUGGAGGAGAUUAUUGAGGAGACCAGAGUGGAGGAUGAGAAGGCUGAGUUGGAUGAAGCUCUAGCUGAGAUGGCAGAGGAGUUGGCAGCAGAGAAAAAAGAUGAAGGAGAAGAAGAAGAAGAAAAAGGAGAGGAAGAAGAAGAGGGUGAGCAGGAGGAAGAGAAAGAGGAAGGUGAGGAAGAAGGUAAAGAAGAAGAAGAAGAAGAGGUUGUUGCUGCAACCCAAGCCAAAGUGAGCUCUGCAGCACCUGGAGAAGAAGAGGAAGAGGGUGAGAAAGAGGGAGCUGAAGAGGAAGAGGAGGGAAAGGGUGAAGAGGAAGGAGAAAAAGCUGAGGAAGAAGGUGAGGAGGAAGGGGGUGAAGAAGGUGAAAAGGGAGAAGAAGCCGAAGGAGGAGAGGAAGGAGCGGAGGAGGAGGAAGAGGGUCAGAAGGAGGACGUGGAGGAAACUGCCUUGAGCGCCAAGACACCAGAGUCUAAGGCUUCCCCAGAGAAAGAGAAGGCAGGCGAAAAAGAGGCUGCUGGAGAAGAGGAAGAGAAACCAGCAGAGGAAUCUAAAGAUGAGGCUGAUGCCAAAGCAUCUCAAGAGGUGGAAGAAAAGGCAGAGCAAAAAGACGAAGAUAAGAAAGGCAAAGAAGAGACCGAAAAAGUUGAGAAGAAAGAAAAGGAAGAGAAAGAUGAAGCUCCUGUGUCCAAGACUGAGGCUCCAAAGUCAGAGACCCCAAAGAAAGAAUCCCCAAAGAGUGAAUCUCCAAAGAGCGAGAGCCCCAAAAAGGAGACACCUAAGGCCGAACCUCAAAAGACCGAGGCCCCAAAAGGUGAUGUGAAGAAGGAUGAGGGAUCUCCAAAGAGCGAAUCUCCAAAGAGCGAAUCCCCAAAGAGUGAGAGUCCCAAGACGGACACAUCCGAGGCCAAAGCUCCAAAGAAAGAGGCCUCAAAACCAGAGGCCCCCAAAGCUGAGGACGUCAAGACAGACGCCCCAAAGGCGGCGCCCGAGAAAAAAGCUGAGAAAGAUGCCGAGGAAAAAAAGGCGGAAAAGAAGGAUGCUGACGUAAAAGCUGAUGAGAAGAAAAAGUCUGAUGAGGUCAUCUCCAACGGAGUGGAUGAAAGUCCCACCAAAGAAAGUCUAGGUGAAAAGGUUAUCAUCACUAAAACUGUGGAGACCAUAACCACAGGAGAGGAUGGUGCUAAACUUGUCACCAAGUCCGUAACCGUCACCGAGACACGGAAGGAGGGGGAGGAGGUUGUCCAAGAGAAGACCACCAAAAAAGCAGAGAAACAGUCCACUUAGGCUGUGAAACAGGUCACUAAAACAGAUUAGAUACACUCUAACCAGUAGAUGAAGGAAGUAUGGAGGAGAACACAUAGUAAGCAAUCAACACAGAAACUAACAUAAUGAAGAAACCAUAAAGCUAGCAAAAGGUGUUAUUACAUUAACCAAUCUCAAGAUUAAAUAAAAAAAAAAAUGCAUAGAGAGAAGCCAUAAGAUAUGAUGAGCUAAAAUUCUAAAUGCAUGUUGAGUGACAGCUUUAACUGGGUUUUGCUGCAGAUGCGGUGAUUAUCUGUGGGAUUCAAAUCUCUCUUUCUUCCUUUCUUUAUUUCUUUCUGCGAUAUGGGGGUGGGGGUGGUUAGUGGGAUUGGGGCAUCUGCAUGUCAGCUCAGGGGGGAGCAUGCUCUCCACUCUUUGAUGUAGAAAAACAAUCAGCGUGUCUGUGCGAGCAGAAUACAUGAUGUCCAAAACAUUCAAGUAAAUGUGAAUGGGAGAAAUGUAUGUGAAGUUCAACGAUAUUUUAUUUCCGUUAAGAAAGAGAGUUGGGUGGGAAGAUCAACUGUGAGGAAUGGAGAAAUACGUUCCAGUGAAUUAGCCUUACUUAUUUAAAAGCAAGGACCCUGACUGAGCCAAAACAAAAAAAAAAACAAAAAAAACAAAACAAAAACACAAAAACCAAUAAUAACACAGUACAAUACAAUGAUAAAAGAGUGUUACAAUGGAGCGAAGAGUCCAUGAUCAUACACAUUCAGUACGUAACAGCAAUUAAGAAACUUCUAGCCUUAAACAUGCUUUUUACCGUUGUUAAAUAUGUUUACCUUAUGAGUGCAAUUGAAAAUAAAUCUGCAUAUGCGCACACAUACAUUCUUGUAUGCAUAGGAUGGACUUGAAUUUAAAUACUUAACAUUAAUGAGGUGCUA